AUGGAGGAGCGCCGGCCGGCCGGCCGCCCUCUGCGCGACGUAUCGGUGACGGCCGGGGGGCUGCCGCAGCCGCAGCCGCAGCCGGCCAGACUUUCAUCAGCGCGCCGUAUAAAUAUGCGGCCGUGUGACGACCGCUGCCUUAUGAGCGAGUGCGGCCGCGUACCAGAUGCGAGCGCCGCGAUAAAGUGCAAGUCGGCUGCGGCGCGAGUCUCGCGGUCCGCCGCCGCGCAGCCGGCGCCCGCGGGGUCUGUGACCCGCGCAUUCCUCGCCGUGCGACAAUACCCGCUAAUGCUACCGCUGCUGCCGCUGUCGCUGUCGCUGUCGGGGCAUUGUGCGCCGACCACAAAGGCCACCGUGUCGCCACCGACAGCGCGGCCGCUCGGAUAUAAGAGGCAGAAUAAGUGCUCCGACAACCGUGCUGGAGCGGCACCCGAGCGCACCGAGGCCGGAGUUCGAAGACCCUGGGUGCCGGCGGCCGCGAGGGUCCGCCGUUUGGCAUGCGCGGCGGCGACGGCGGCGGCGCGCGACGGCGCGGAUGGCCACGGCGCAUGCGCGUGCGAGCCGCAACUUCGUAUGCCGUCCGCGCCGAGCGCCGUACGCCUGGCGGGGCGGUCGCUGACGGGCGGCUGCCGAAUCCGGCCCGCGCCGGCCACUUGCCAAGGGGCGCUGGCGGAAUACGCGCGCACGCGACCACUGCACACGCUGGCGGCGCGGCGCGCGCUGACUGGCAGCGAAAACACAAGUCGUCUCGCCGCUUCUGCCGGCCGCCCGCUGCCGCCGCCAAACUACUGCGCGAAUUACACAUGCCGCCGGCCCGGAAUUGGCAAUGACGGAGGCCUGUCAGCACAUGCAAAAGAGCAGCCGGCCGGGGAGAAGCCGUACCGCUGCCAGUGGCCGGAGUGCGAGUGGCGGUUCGCGCGGUCGGACGAACUGACGCGCCACUACCGCAAGCACACGGGCGCCAAGCCCUUCAAGUGCGCCGUGUGCGACCGGUCGUUCGCGCGCUCCGACCACCUCGCCCUGCACAUGAAGCGCCACCAGCCCAAGGCGCCCAAGUGA